AUUUAGAAGACUACGGUCCCAAUAUACUUCGCGGGAUUCUCAUUCCCCCCUUGUCUCUCCCUCUCUAUUGUCACAUUGAAGAAAUGGACCAGAAAAACCUCUCUUCACAUCGCAGCUGUUGUAUUUCACACGAAUUCUACAAAUCGGCUUCCAAAAACCCUAAUAAAAUCGCAGUCAUUCACUCUUCCCGUCGCCACAGUACCAAAUCCACCACAGAAAUUGACCAUUUCAUUGAAACAUCACCAUCGCAUGAUCAUCAUCCAGUGUACAAAGACGACGUAUGCUUCACUUAUUCGGAAAUUCUAGAAGCAGUAGAUUCUCUUAGCCGCCGUCUACGGUUCAUCCUUGACGGUGGAGCUGAUCCGUAUCUUAUCAGACCUUCCACAGGCUCUACUCCUAUUGAUCAAUCCACAAACACUCCAAGAAUUGUGGGGAUAUACAUGGCUCCUUCUGUAGAAUAUAUUAUAUCUAUUCUUUCUAUUUUAAGAUGUGGAGAGGCUUUCAUGCCACUAGACCCUUCAUGGCCAAAAGAAAGAGUAUUAUCCGUUGUUUCUUCUUCAACUUCCAAACUCAUUCUUUGUGGUUCUACUUCAUUUGAUGAAAACUACUCUCACCAAAUCAACAAAUAUCGUUUUCUUGUUGAUAAUGUUAGUUGUCCUGUUUUAGUAAUUUCCAUGAAAACCAACCUUAACAACUACUUUUCUUCCCAUUCUUUGCUUUAUCCAUGUGAAAAUAAGACUCUGAGAUCAUUUUGUUACUUGAUGUACACCUCUGGAUCAACGGGAAAACCUAAAGGUGUUUGUGGCACUGAACAAGGUCUUCUUAAUCGCUUUGUAUGGAUGCAAGACAUGUGUCCCUUAUGUGGUGAGGAAACUUUGUUGUUCAAAACCUCCAUUGGCUUUAUUGAUCAUUUGCAAGAAAUUUUGGGAGCUCUACUUACUACUUGUACCUUGGUUAUUCCUCCUUUCAGUGUGCUAAAAGAAAAUAUACUUUCCAUCACUGAGUAUUUACAGGACUAUUCUAUCAAUAGGCUUGUUGCUAUACCAUCACUAAUGAGGAUGCUUCUUCCAUCUCUUCAAAGUUCAUAUAGCACAACGAUUCAAACCUCUUUAAAAUUGUUAAUACUAAGUGGAGAAAUCCUUCAUUUAUCCUUAUGGAGUUCUCUUAUAAAGCUAUUACCCAACACCACAAUCUUGAACCUAUAUGGUAGUACAGAGGUUUCAGGUGAUUGUACAUAUUUUGACUGUAGAAAACUUCCAUCUCUUUUGGAGACUGAGUCACUUACUACUGUUCCAAUAGGAAUGCCUCUUCCUAACUGUAAUGUAUCACUUCUUGGAGAAGAAAUAUAUGUUUCUGGACUAUGUAAUGCAAUCGGAUACAUAAAUCAUGAGAUUUUGCCUCUUGAUGUUGCAAAUUUUCAUCUGGGGUCCGCUUUUUUCUCUUCAAUUGAUGAAAAGGAAAGUGUAGUGGUGUUUAAGACAGGUGAUUUUGCCAAACAACUUCCUAGUGGUGACUUGGUUUUUGUAGGGAGAAAUGACCGAAUUGUUAAGGUGAAUGGUAAUAGAAUUGCAUUAGAAGAAAUUGAAGAUACAUUGAGAUUACACAAUGAUGUGGAUGAUGCAGUUGUGAUUUUUAAAAGAGUUGGAGAGGUUGCGUAUAUUGAAGCUUAUGUAGUUGUGAAACAUGGGAGAAGUUUGAGUUGUUGUAUUCGAGGUUGGAUGUUUGAGAAGCUACCAUUAGCAAUGAUUCCUAGAAGGUUUUUGUUUGUGGAUUCGAUACCGAUUUCUUCUUCUUCUGGGAAGGUGGAUUAUGGUUUGUUGGAGAGUUUAAGGUGUUCAGUGUCAGAUAUUUGUAGUGAAAUGGAUGAAAUUCUUGAUAGCAAUCGUUUGCAGACAAUAAAAGAGGCCUUUUGUGAUGCUUUAUUGGUGGAAAAAGUCAACAACAAUGAUGAUUUCUUUGACUUGGGUGGCGAUUCAAUUUCAGCAGCUCAUGCUUCACAUAAACUAGGAAUCAAUAUGAAAUUGUUGUAUUCUUUUCCUUCUCCAUUAAACCUCCUCAUGGCUCUCAUGGAUCCUAAUAAUCAUCCACUUCCUAUUGUAUCUAAUGACACCCAUCUCAAAACAAAAAAGCUACAUACAAGGUUAUCUAAUGAGCUUGAUGAAUCUAGUUCUAAUAAUCAUCCUCCUCACAAGGUUUUAAAAAUGGAUUAUGAUCAUUGGGACUCCAUCUCAAAUCACAUGUGUUUUUGUGCAAUUACUCGUUGUAACAAAGUAAUGUUUGGGGAGAAAUAUGACAACAUUAAUACAUUAUUUCAAGCAAAUCUUGUGAGAGAAGAGGGAGUUUUUUUGUACAUUGGAUCUCAUUCAAGGAAAUUUAUCUGUGUUAAAGCCUCAAGUGGUGUUAUCCAGUGGGAGGUUGAAUUAGAAGGGCGAGUAGAGUGCUCAGCAACAAUUUUGGGAGAUUUUUCUCAGGUUGUAGUUGGGUGUUACAAAGGGAACAUAUAUUUUCUCAAUUCCAUGAAUGGAAGCAUCACUUGGACUUUCCACACAGGUGGUGAGGUAAAGUCACAACCAGUGUUAGACAAGCAGAGGCAUCUAGUCUGGUGUGGAUCUUAUGACCAUAAUCUAUAUGCCCUUGAUUAUCAAACUCAUUCUUGUGUCUAUAACCUAAAUUGUGGUGGAAGCAUAUAUGGCUCACCUGUAAUUAAUGAGGUUGACGAAACACUUUAUUUCGCAUCCACUAAUGGCUCCAUGACUGCAUUAUCUUUAAAGGCUAUACCAUUCAAUGUGUUAUGGGUGCAAGACAUGGGAGCACCCAUAUUCGGCUCUCUCUCCAUCAAUCACAAUAAUAGAAAUGUGAUAUGUUGCUUGGUGAAUGGACAUGUAGUUGCUGUUGAUGCAAAUGGAUCCAUCAUUUGGAGGGGAAUAGCUGGGGGCCCGAUCUUUGGUGGACCCAGCAUAUCCCAUGUUUUACAUAACCAGGUGGUUAUAUGUUCGAGAGACGGAAGUGUCUAUUCAUUUGGUUUGGAGAAAGGAAAUCUACUGUGGAAGCAUGAUUUAGGGGAUCCGAUUGUUUCGUCUGCUUAUGUAGAUGAAAACUUAGGGUUGAAAUCGGAUUAUUCACAUGUCAAGGAGGACAGGUUAAUAUGUGUGUGCACGAGUUCGGGAAGUAUAGUUGUGUUAAGAAUCAAGUUAGAUUGUAAUGAAGUGGAGGAUUUUGGUAGGUUAGAUAUUGAUGGAGAUAUAUUCUCUUCACCCGUGUUUAUUUGUGGGAAGAUUUUUGUUGGUUGUAGAGAUGAUUAUGUAUAUUGUCUUGAGAUUGAGGGAUAAAUAGAUAUUAACGAAUGAAAAAAUAGCA